GACGCUGUCAGUGCGGUAUAAAGGGCGGCAGCAGGCGGUGGCCGACGCAGCUUGCUCCGCCACACUCCCACAGCUGACCGACGCUGGACCUCACAACAAUGAAGACACUGUUUACUUGCUGCGUUGCCUUGUGGCUGCUAAUUGCAGCGGCUUUGCUUCAGCCGACCAAGGGUGACGAGAUGUUGCCUAAUACUGACAUCCCGGCCACAAUGUCGGAGUGUAACGCUACUUUCAAAUUAGGAUGGAGAUGCUGGGAUAAUCUUCUCAGUGACGGUCACGUGAUAGAUGAGAGCAAAUACCAGCAAAAGUGUUGGUUUUACUGCUUACUGGAUAGAACAGGAGCGAUGCAUGCAGAUGGAGCUUUCGACAAAGAUCUCCUGAAGAUGGUACUUCAGGGCUUCCCCAACGGCCCCAAUCUCGCGCACCUCGACGAGACAACCUACACCUGUGUCGCACAGAGGAAUGAGGUCGACCUUUGUGAAAGGGCAUACGCUAUCGUUAAGUGCAUCAUGACUGAGGAAUUAUCAAGAAUGCAUCACUCCAGUUGAACACACAUUUUGGCAGGAAAUAGGUAGCCAAGCAAUUAAAAAGAAUGUCAUUACACUUUUCUUUGAUCACAGCUGCGCCUGAUGUAUCAAGCACAAAAUAGUAAUAAAAUAUACUUUAA